AUGCGGAGAGCCGCCGGCAUGGAGGACUUCUCCGCAGAGGACGAGGAGCCGUGGUACGACCAGCAGGACCUCGAGCAGGACUUGCACUUGGCCGCAGAGCUGGGGAAGACGCUGCUGGAGAGGAACAAGGAGCUGGAGGAGUCCCUGCAGCAGAUGUACUCCACCAACGAGGAGCAAGUGCAGGAGAUCGAGUACCUGACCAAGCAGCUGGACACACUGCGGUGUGUGAACGAGCAGCACGCCAAAGUCUACGAGCAACUGGACCUGACGGCCCGAGACCUGGAGCUGACCAACCAGAAGCUGGUGCUGGACAGCAAGGCCGCCCAGCAGAAGAUCCACGGGCUGUCCGAGACCAUUGAGCGCCUGCAGGCGCAGGUGGAGGAGCUGCAGGCCCAGGUGGAGCAGCUGCGGGGCCUGGAGCAGCUGCGGGUGCGCCGGGAGAGGCGGGAGCGCAGGCGCACCAUCCACACCUUCCCCUGCCUCAAGGAGCUGUGCACCAGCCCCAGGUGUGAGGAUGCCUUCCGCUUGCACAGCUCCUCCCUAGAGCUGGGCCCGCGGCCCCUGGAGCAGGAGAACGAGCGGCUGCAGACGCUGGUGGGCGUGCUGCGCUCCCAGGUGAGCCAGGAGCGCCAGCGCAAGGAGCGGGCGGAGCGCGAGUACGCGGCGGUGCUGCAGGAGUGCUCGGAGCUGGAGCGGCAGCUCUGCCACAUGGAGGCCUGCCGCUUGCGCGUGCGGGAGCUGGAGGCCGAGCUGCUGGAGCUGCAGCAGAUGAAGCAGGCGAAGACCUACCUGCUGGGCCGGGAGGACCACCUGGCCGAGGCCCUGCUGGCGCCCCUCACGCAGGCCCCCGAGGCCGACGACCCCCAGCCCGGCAGCGGGGACGACUCGGGCAUCCAGGACUGCGUCUCGUCUCCGGCCACGUCCCCCAGCCACGCGGUGCGCAAGAGCUGCAGCGACACGGCGCUCAACGCCAUCGUGGCCAAGGACCCCGCCAGCCGGCACGCGGGCAACCUGACGCUGCACGCCAACAGCGUGCGCCGGCGGGGCAUGUCCAUCCUGCGCGAGGUGGACGAGCAGUACCACGCGCUGCUGGACAAGUACGAGGAGCUGCUGAGCAAGUGCCGGCAGCACGGGGCUGGGGUGCGGCACGCCGGCGUGCAGACCUCCCGGCCCGUCUCCCGGGACAGCUCGUGGAGGGACCUGCUGGGGGGUGAGGAGGGCCAGGGGGAGGCCAAGGCGGCGGAGAAGAGCCUCAGCCUGCACGUGGAGGCCGUGGACAAGCGGCUGGAGCAGAGCCAGCCCGAGUACAAGGCGCUCUUCAAGGAGAUCUUCUCCCGGAUCCAGAAGACCAAGGCCGACAUCAAUGCCACCAAAGUGAAGACACACAGUAGCAAGUGACCCUCCCUGCCCCGCAGUCCGGUCAGGCCGCUCAGCAAGACACCCCGGUGGCCCCUCCCGCCCGGGAGCAGCGUGCGGGGGUGCGGCCUGUCCCCCGCUGACGGAGGCGGUCAGCGGCCCGGUCCACGGCCCUCCACCAUCCCGUCAGCCCAGAGGCCCAGCUCCCAGUUGCAAGCCAAACGCCCCCAGCCCUCCAGGCCUGGCUCCCUGACCCCGUUCCUUGCUUCCAGCUUUGCGGCCAGGCUUCUGGAAGCCCUCUGGGCCAGUUGGCUUUUUGGCUUUUUUUCAGAGUUUGGGUUGGGGGUGGGGUGGGUUGAGAGAUUUGCAAUGCAGGGGCUCCCUGUGCCCUUGCCACAACUGGAAACACUUGAAAGGGGACCCCAGAGUCAGCUGUUGCAGGCUCCAGGGUCCCCCCGGACCACCACUGCUUCUACCCAACCUCAGUGGGCUAGGCCCUGAGCACCAGCUGUCUCAGCCAGGUCCUGGGGAGGGCCAGCUUCUCCCCUGAACCCUCAGGCCAGAUCUGUAGCCAAUCAGAGGAGGGGGACAGGGAGCCCCUCUGCAGCCAUACACAAGCCGUACACCCAGUUUUCCUCAGAGCCAGCCUCCUCUAGUUCCAGUUGCCCCUGGAACGCCUUCUGGGCAAGAAGCCUUCUAGGGCUCUGGGCACUGGGGAGCCCCCAUCUCUGCGAACCACUGAGCGGCUUCCAACCCACCCAGCUUGACCUCUGUCUGCUCCAUCUCAGGGACCAUGACGUCUCAUUCACCCCCAAGCCCCCCACGGGCCCAGCCCGGCCCAGGCCACACCUGCCGCCACCCCCCGCACCCUGGGCAUGUGCCCCAGCCAGCGGUCCCAGGCCUACCCUGGCCUGCUUCGCUGCCCAGGAUUCCCUCCCCACACUGAACAGUGUUGAAAUGCGGUGGGGCAGACACCAGAUCGCUCCCUGCCUGCUCUUUGCCUCCCACCUUUGUCGGGGGGCUUCCGAGGACCCAGCCGAGUCAGUGUUUAAGCUCCAGAGAGACCGGCCACAGCAAGGAGGUGCCCAGGUCCCCAGCCUGCCCUAAGCAAUUCUUCUGGGUUUCCAGUUCCUCCUGCUGCCCGUCCCGAGACCCCAGAAGUCACAGAGACACCCGGUCUGGUGCGAGGCCCUGGCUCUGCUGGGGUGCAGCGGGGGACCCUCAUGCCUUAUCCCUUUCUAAUGGGUAAAGGGGUUUUCUUAACAAGCGUGCCGGGCCUUCCUGGAGCCCCACCGAGCUCUCCAGGCCACACUGUGAAGAGCCGGCAGCGGCCCCUCGUUCACACAUCUUGGAACCUCCUGUACUCGGGCGCUGGGCAGCUGCCAGCCCCCCCCCCCGUGUGUCUCUGUCAUCUGGGGUGAAGGGGUGGAGUGGGGGAGGGCUCCUGCCUCUUUGCUCCCCAGGUCUGUAGCGCCAACCAACGUCACCUUUGAAGUAUACAUGAGAGAAAUAUAUUUACAAAUGCUUUAUUCUCUUCUUUAAUAAAAAAUACAUCACUAUUCUAAAAGUUGAAAUGGCC